AUGCGUGGUGUUGGCAAGGUAGAGUGUGCCAGUACCAUUAAGGACUUAAAAAAGGCAUAUGGUAUUGAUGUUUUUGCUGUGCUUGAGCCUAGAAUUGGUGGUUCUCGAGCUCUCUCUAUUGCAAAAAGUUUGGAAUUUUCCCAUUAUCAUAUUGUGGAUCCCAUUGGUUUUUUUGGGGGUGUGUGGCUUCUUUGGAAUGGUAAUUCUGUUUCUUUACAUGUUGUUGCUCAUUCGAGUCAAACCAUUACUGCUUUAGUUACUAUGGAUGCUAAGAGGUGGUUGCUAACAGUAGUUUAUGCCAGUCCGUGUUCUAAUGUGAGAACUUCUCUUUGGAAGUAUUUUGAUGGGUUGGCUGCUGUUUGUAAUUUACCUUGGUCGUUGCUUGGGGAUUUUAAUGAUAUUGUUUGUGGUGAGGAGAAGCUUGGUGGUAAUUUGGAUGUUGGUGGUCAGCAUUUUAUUGAGUGGAUUGAUAGGAAUCACCUUAUUGAUUUGGAUUUUUCUUGCGCUAAUUUUACUUGGUGUAAUAAAAGGGGUGAAGAAGAUAUUAUUUGGAAACGGCUUGAUAGAGGUCUAUGUAAUAUUGAUUGGAGAUUCUUGUUUCCUGAAGCUUACCUUUCUCACCUUCCGAGAGUGAAUUCUGAUCAUUGUCCUAUCAUGGUUAAGUUCUUUUCCAACCAUCUUCCUGCUACGGAAUCUAUGCCUUUCAGAUUCCAAGCAAUGUGGUUAAGUCAUCCUAGCUUUUCUGAGUUCCUGUCUGGUUUGUGGAAUUCUGGAACAGGACAUGCUUUUCAAAAGUCUGCUAGUCUUAUUUGGCCUCUGCAACGUUGGAAUAAACAGGUGUUUGGGUGUCUUUUUCAAAAGAAAAGAAGGAUUUUGGCUCGGCUUGCUGGUAUUCAAAGAAGCUUAUGUAUUCAGUUUAAUCCUUUCCUUAGUCAGUUGGAAACUGAUUUGACUACAGAGUAUAAUCUCAUCCUUGAUCAAGAAGAGAUGUUUUGGUUGCAAAAAUUUAGAAACACUUGGCUUAAGAAAGGGCUGUUUACUGAGCCUACUUUAUCUGGUGAGUAUUCUUUAUUUCCCCAAUAUUUUCCUCAGCUUGAGAGCUCUGGUUGUACAAGGUUAAAUGGUGAGGUUUCUGAUGUGGAUAUUCAAAGUAGUUUAUUUGCUAUUGGUGGGUUGAAAACGCCUGGGCCUGAUAAGUUUCCUGCUCUUUUUUAUCAAAAUUAUUGGGAUAUUUGCUCUAAGGAUAUCAUUUCUCUUGUCAAGGAUUGUUUUGUCAGAGCUUCUCUUCCUGAGCACCUUAAUGAUACUUUAAUUGCUUUGGUUCCUAAGGUUGAGAGGCCUCUUAAUAUGGCUCAACUUAGGCCUAUUAGUUUAUGUAAUACUCUUUAUAAAGUGGUUUCUAAGAUUUUAGUUUCUAGGCUUCGUCCUGUUAUGACUAAAAUUGUUAGCCCCACUCAAGUCAGUUUUGUGCCAGGGAGACAUAUUGUUGAUAAUAUUGUGAUUGCUCAGGAAAUGCUUCAUAAGUUCAAGGUUGCUAAAGGUCAAAGGGGUUUUAUUGCUUGGAAAAUUGAUCUUUCCAAGGCCUAUGAUUGA